GGGAGACGCUUUGAUCAGCCCAUCUCUAAUUACUUUACUCCGCAUUAUCCUAUUUUAGCAAUUUAAAUGAAAUCCGUAUUCGAGAUACCUUUACGUUCGUAAAACAUGAAAACUAUGUAAUCAUAUAUAUUACUACGAAACUUCUCACAGUCCGAGAUAUAUUGAAUAUCCUGCACAUAAUCGGUAUUGCUGAUAAUUGCUGCUACAUAUAUUAUAGCCCUAUUAACAUAAGACUAACCUAAACGUGAAUUUCUAAACUCUAAACACAAUGCAAAGGGAAGAGAAACAAUUGGAUUCCGCUUUGGAAGCCAUCAUAAUACGAGUGAACGAUUUAAAAACCUCAAUUGCUGCAAUGAUAUUUAAAAUAGAGCACGAAUAUGAAACCUUGAAUUGGCCAAAUUUUCUCGAUAAUUUCGCGCUUAUUUCAGGACAUCUAACUAGCCUUUCAAAGAUUCUUGCACAUGAUAAGGCACCCAAUCUCAGAAAUCUAACAGUUCUACCAUUACGCUUGAGCCCUGAGAAAGACGAAGAGUUGCUUCGACUGACUGAAGGUAGAAUCCCCACAUUUGCACAUGAUUUGGUUCCGGACUACUUGAGGACAAAGCUGGAACCUCAAGCUGAACAGAAAAUGAUGCAGCUGGAAGCUAAAGCUGCGAAUGUUAACAUUGACACAUCACAUAAACAACUGGCGCAAUAUACAAAGGUGAUUAGUCACGUGUGGGAUAUAGCAAAUAAGGCACGCGAAGAAUGGGAAAGUGAAGCUGGAGCCAGAGCGACACAAGCACAGACCAGCAGCGCUGCGGACACUCAUGCUCUUCUGGCUGCUGUGGGAAUGGGUAAAGGUUUAAAGUCUGACUCUAUACAAAUGGUUCAAUCCGGCGUAAAUCAAGUAAAUAAUAAUAUGAUGGUGGGCAGACCUGGUAAUCAGCAGCAGACACCAGGACAAGGGCCAAUGGGUAAUCCACAAAUGGGACAAAUGAAUAAGGCGCCGAGUGCGAUUAAGACAAAUAUCAAAGCAGCAUCGCAAAUUCACCCUUAUAGAUAAGAAUAUAACAUUUUUAUGAGACACUAUUGCAUAUGAACGAGGAGACAUAGACUUGUUCAUCACAGGCACAAUGACAGCUUUUAGGCCUCGUUCAUGUAACCAGGAUAAUCGAUCCUGUAGAAUCAAUGACUCUGCUGGAAGUUGUAGCAUCAUUUGCAGAGCAGAGUAGAUCUUAACAAUGUCUAAUUUUUUAUUUUGUUCUUCCCAUACUUGUGUUAUGCCUUUCUCUAAUUCAUCGUGUACGAUCGCAUUACCUUUACAUAUGAAAGUGUUAUAUAAAUAUUACAUAUUAAAUUAAAAAAUUAGAGUUAAAAAAUUA